GUGCGGUUCUGUGAUGUGUCUCGUAUGCAGAGCUAAGAGGCUACCUCGUUCGAUGUGUGUUUGUAUGAGAUUGUGCUCAGAGUGUUGAGCGAAUAGGUUUCCAUCAGAACGGCGCAUGGUUUUGGUUGUCAGUGCGGAUGGUUUCCGUCGGACUCCGAUGUACUGUAUGUGCGGAUAGUUUCCGCCCAUACCAACCAACCAACACCGCAAGGGUAGUGAAACAUCCUCGGGCAUGGGACAAAGCGAGUGAACAAAUCUCAUUCAGCGAUGUAGGCAACAAGUCCAACAUUCCAGAACCUCUACCGCCACGAUUUCCAAAGCCUCCGACCUUUGAACACCCACUAUCUCCGCCAUCUUCAAUGUCUUCUUCACCUUCUCCUUCACUGCCUCCAAUCCCUCCAACGUCUGCAACGUCUCCAAUAUCUCCAAUAUCUUCGUCAGCUCCGCCAGCUCCACCAUCUCCAUCAUCUCCUCCAGCGCCUUCGCCACAUCCACUUCACAUGUCCCAUCCCUCGGCCGCUUCCCCGUGCUCCGCUCAUCACGUACAGCAUAAGUCGCUAUCUCCCAAACCAACCCAGCUCAAUUCACACGCCUCCCAACCUCGGACUUUCAUUUAUGUUCAUUGCUGGUGUUUCACGCGCCGUCAGCGUAGACGGAGAGCGCCAGUGACAAGAUCGGCAUGUGCACCGACGGCUUCGCGUUUUACACUGCAAGCUUGAAUAUUGCUUGUCCGACGACGGCGCAGAUCCAGCACUGCUUGGGCCACGCACAGAGGUGAUUUUGCCGCUAGUUGGUACCUGCCGGCACUUAGCACGCAGCGCCAUGGACAAGUAGAGCUGUUCAGCUCGGGCCAGGACCGAAAGACCGAAAGGCAGAG